GAAAUUAAGGGAUUGGUGAAAAUUGUAGGAUUAAAAUAGAGAGUCGAAAAAACAAUAACACUAACGCAGUCACUGAUUGCCAGGUUGAACCCGUGGGCCUUCGAUUUCCGAGUCAUUUAGUCAAGGAUCUCACCAUGCAGACAACAUCGUAUAGUCAUCCUCUAUUCUGUUUCUCUUGCAGAAACAUCAGUACUAAUGGGAAGACCAAGUGUUCUGUGAAAUUUGGCGCACCAUAUCCCUCUCAACUGGAUCGCAAGUGUGAAUUCAAUGGGAAACUGAACAGAUUGUUUGUGCUUCCUAAUGCAAGUGAUAGCCAUCCAUCUGCUUCUACGGUGGAUGAUGAAAUGAACACAAACCAUGCUCCAAAUGGAAUGUCACCGACGUUUUUAAGCAACUGGUCGCCUCCGAGGUACCUGUGGAGGGGGCUAUCAGUUUUAAUCUUGGCAGGGCAGGUGAUUGUCAAGACUAUAAAGGGAAAGAUUCAUUGGAGGAACACUCUUCAACAGCUGGAGAGAGUUGGUCCAAGAUCAGUUGGGGUGUGUCUUUUAACUUCGGCUUUUGUGGGCAUGGCCUUCACGAUUCAAUUUGUAAGAGAGUUCACUAGGUUGGGAUUGAAUAGAUCUGUAGGUGGGGUUUUGGCUCUGGCUUUCUCUAGGGAGCUAAGUCCUGUGGUUACAGCAAUUGUGGUUGCAGGGCGCAUUGGAAGCGCUUUUGCAGCAGAGUUAGGAACUAUGCAGGUUUCUGAGCAAACUGAUACAUUGAGGGUUCUUGGUUCGGAUCCGGUUGAUUAUCUGGUGACACCAAGAGUGCUAGCCACUUGUAUUGCCCUACCUCUUUUGACCCUGUUGUGUUUUACAUUAGGGAUGGCAUCUAGUGCCCUUCUUGCUGAUGGUGUUUAUGGGGUGAGCAUCAACAUUAUCUUGGAUUCGGCUCAGCGUUCUCUCAGAUCGUGGGAUAUUAUUAGUGCAAUGAUCAAGUCACAGGUUUUUGGUGCUAUCAUAUCUAUUGUGAGUUGUGCUUGGGGAGUUACAACUUUGGGAGGUGCUAAAGGUGUUGGGGAAUCAACAACGUCUGCUGUGGUUAUUUCUCUUGUAGGCAUCUUCAUUGCUGAUUUUGCUCUUUCUUAUAUUUUCUUCCAAGGAGCAGGAGAUCAGCUAAAGAAUUGCAUUUAAGCAACUAAUGUUGCCUCUGCAAUUUUGCUCAUAUGUACAAAGUGAAUGGUAUGACUUCUAUUACAGCUGUGAUAAAAUCUUUUUAUAAUUUGUAUCAGGUGCGUUAGUCAUGUUGUUUUCUAAGUUGUGGAUUGCAAGUCUUAUUUAUACGUAUUUGUGUAUGAUUGCAUGUCCUUCGAACAUGGUAAAGGCAUUCAUUUUUCCUUAAUAAAAAAUUAUUUACUAUUA